AUGAACCGUCGUUUUUAUCUUCUACCUCUACUUUUCAUUUUAUUGUGGGCAGGUGAAGGAGAAGGCGAUGCUUCCUCAGAUACCGAAAUCAUCAAAAAGCUUGUCGGAAAAGGAUACGACUGGAGAGUCCGUCCACCGGGGAUCAACUUAACAAUUCCUGGGACUCAUGGAGCCGUGAUUGUGACUGUAAAUAUGCUAAUUAGAAGUAUUUCAAAAAUUGACGAUGUGAAUAUGGAGUACAGUGUUCAAUUGACGUUCCGUGAAGAAUGGGUAGAUGGACGAUUGGCAUACGGUCUCCCAGGGGAUGAUACUCCCCCAUUCUUAAUUCUGACAGCUGGACAACAGAUCUGGAUGCCAGAUAGUUUUUUCCAGAACGAAAAACAAGCUCACAAGCAUGACAUUGACAAACCAAACGUUCUUAUUCGCAUCCAUCGAGAUGGCUUGAUUCUGUAUUCUGUUCGGAUUUCAAUGGUUCUUUCCUGUCCAAUGCAUCUGCAAUAUUAUCCAAUGGAUGUUCAAACAUGUCUGAUAGAUUUGGCUUCUUAUGCAUACACAACAAAUGAUAUUGAGUAUCAAUGGAAAAAAGAUAAACCUGUUCAGUUAAAAAAUGGACUUCAUUCAUCGCUUCCAAGUUUCCAACUGAACAAUGUUUACACCGAUUUAUGUACCAGCAAAACGAACACAGGAACUUAUUCUUGUUUGAGAACAAUUCUGGAGUUGAGAAGACAAUUCAGUUAUUACCUACUUCAAUUAUAUAUUCCGUCUACUAUGCUUGUUAUCGUAUCAUGGGUAUCUUUCUGGUUGGAUCGUGGCGCUGUACCUGCUCGAGUCACUCUUGGAGUCACUACUCUUCUUACCAUGACAACUCAGGCGUCUGGCAUAAAUGCAAAAUUGCCUCCCGUAUCGUACACAAAAGCGAUUGAUGUUUGGAUUGGAGCAUGUCUCACUUUUAUUUUUGGUGCUCUUCUCGAGUUUGCAUGGGUUACUUACAUAUCUUCUCGGAGUUUCUACAAACGAAAGAAAAUAUGCUCGAGUAGGAAUUCUUUAUUGGUGGAGACCAGACAAGCAUUGAUAAUUCCAAAUACAGUAGUUGCCAACUUCACGGAACAACCGACAGAUGAAGUUGAAAUGGGACUCACUGAUGCUCCAGAUGUUUGGGUUCGUCAUCAGAACAACGGGAAAACAGUAACAGAAGUAAACGGACUGCUAAAUCACACAAACGACGGGUCAGGAGAACUCAUUAUCAUUGACUCAAAACACAAAAACCGAAGAUAUGUUUUGUGGAACAACUUCAAGAACUUGAGAUUGGUCAGAUGGGCUCGAAGAAGAUUGGAUGUGGAUGAUAAUGCGAAAAGAGCAGAUUUGAUAUCAAGAGUUAUGUUCCCCACUCUCUUCCUAAUUUUCAACUUUAUCUACUGGACAAAAUACUCGCAGUACCAUGUCCCAGCAGCUAUUUAA